GCGAAAGAGAAAAGGCGGCAUCAAGGCAUCCGCUACUAAAUACAUGUAUUAAACUCACUGGUAGCUUCGGCUUCUACCUUCAUUUGGAGACACACGUGAACUCGUAUUAAUUUAGCUUUCUUUUAAGUCGCAAAGCAACGUUAGCAUAGCUUAGCUUCAUUUGAACGCUACUUUAUCCAACUAGUCCUCUUCUACUCUGCAGAUUUUUCAAGAAAUAAUUAUCAAAAUCAGUAACUGGAUCAGUUUUAAUAGUGAAAGCAACUAUUACCACCCGGAAACACGUUGUUCCAAUCGACACAGGGAACUUUAAACUUACCGCAAAACUACCCGGAUGAGUGAACGUAAAGGUUGCAGGCCCUACACUGCAAAUCGCGCCGGUGUUACGGAUUAACGGGUGACCCGAAUUAUCUUGUGCCUUUUAGCCGAAUGCGACUGCGGUUGUCGUAGCUUCGGCAGUGGUUGAAAGCUAUCUUUGUUUGGUUUUCUUUAAAGAGUAAAACACAAAAAACUUUCUGAUUAAUGAAGAAGAGUCACGUAGAUGAGCUAUUUAGUUUCUUUCAAACGUAAAAGGGCAAACGCUGUCGUAACUACGGCAAUCCCGGACGCAUUCAGCUGAGAGUCGCUAGAUAACAUGGUCACUUGUUCAUCCGUAACACCGGUCGUGUGCUAACGUAGCUUAAGUCCGCUGGUCAAGCUAACACGCCGCUUCUUCUCUGAAAAGUCUUGAAAAUAUUUGACUAAAAUGUUUGGUUCCUCGAGAUCAGGAGGGGUCCGAGGUGGCCAGGACCAGUUCAACUGGGAUGACGUAAAAGUCGAUAAACACAGAGAAAAUUAUCUCGGGAACUCUUUGAUGGCACCAGUAGGACGAUGGCAAAAAGGCAAAGAUCUGUCAUGGUACGCAAGAGACAAAAAGGAUGGUAAACCUUUGUCCAAAGAGGAGGAACUUGCCAAUGUCAAGGCUGCAGAGCACGAGGCACUGAUGGCUGCCCUAGGGCACAAGAAUAUAAAGAGGCAACCAACUGGUCUGACCAAAGAGGAUCUUGCAGAUGUUUGCAGGAGGGAAGAGGCUGAUGGCGAAGAGAAAAAUGUGGACCGUGUCUCAGGCUUGGGAAGCUCCAGUGUAGGCUCGAGGAAAAUGGUCCUCUCACAAAAGGAAAAGGAGGCAGCUAAGAUAGGCUUGCCUGUUUUCACACACCACAGAACAGAAGGGCGUCCAGAAACGUCAACAACAAAGACAUCUCAGAGUGAAGAAAAAGAGGAUAUGGAACGGCACGAGAGCAAAAAGAAGAAGAAAGAGAAAAAGAGCAAAAAGGAUAAAAAGAAGAAGGAAAAAAAGAAGAGGCAAAGAAGAGACUCGUCAGAGUCAGAUGACGACAGAAAGAGGCAGAGAAAGGACCACCAUCAUCAUAAUCCAUCAUACCACAGUCAGAGUGGAGCCAGACCCCAUGACAGCCAUUCAAGGGGGGGAGCAAAGGGCGAGCGACAGCCCUCCCACCCCCAUCAUCGACGGCAUCGGCAUGACACAGACUCCUCCGACGGGGGGUCUCCUGUCCCCCGUAACCCUGUCAGCCACAAGACGGCCCCUGCUGGUGCCACACAAAGCCACAGGCGGCGCCACGACACAGACUCGGACGACUAAUGUCCUUCCCACCCCCUCAAUUCAAAGACGCGUAACGCGGACAGAACGCUCUACAGCAGCUCGACUGGCCCCGAAGACCUCAUUUACCCCGAGCAGCCAAAAGGACUGUGGAUGGAGACAGGUUCAUGUGUGACUCACAAGCUUUGGCCUCGUGAUUUAACUUGUGCAUCCAAUAAGUUGGUCAGUUGGUCAUAGAUGUGUUGUUUUUUUCAACAACGUGUGUUUUAACAUGUGAUUAAACCAUCAAAUAUCACAUUUUCUGAACUGUCAUUAUUUGCAUUUUUUUUCAAUACAAUGCAAGAUAACGAUUUUGCGAAGCAAGCACAAUGGUGUUUUAUUCCCAUGUCUGGUCACUGUUACUGUUCAGGAAAUCUUGAGAAUUUACUGUACCUGACAUUUUAUGUUUAAGCUUUAAAUAAAAAUGUAAAAAGCUGA